GGCAAAGGAUCUUCGUUUCAUUCUUAAUCUCCUACCUUGUAUCGGUUGAAGAGAGAAGAGGAACCUGCCCAGCGUUUCUGGAUUGGUCAAAGCUGCCGAUGGAGGUGUUUGAAUCUGAUAUCCACCAGGUGUUUGUGAAAUUGCUUAAUGGAAGGCACAGGAUCAUAAAUUUUACUACCCCUUCCAUCUCCGUCUCCACCCUGAAACACCGCAUUCAGACACUGACCUCCAUCCCCUCUCACUUCCAGCUCCUCCUACUCAAUGAUUCGCGUAUCCUCCAUGACCACCAAACCCUGAAUAUAGCUAAAUCCCUCGGAAACUUUUUGUUCGAUGAAACCCUAGGUGGUUCCACUUGUAAGACCCGAUUUUCUCAAAAUCAAAAUUUUAGUGGAUUGUCCUCCUCGGAUUUGUCCGGAAAUGCGGUGGGUUUUGAUGGGUCGCAGGAUUUUGCCAAGUUUCCGGUGGUGGUGCAUUUGUUGCUGAGGCUUAGGGGUGGAAAGGGAGGGUUUGGAUCAUUGCUGAGAGGGGCGGCGACCAAGGCCGGGCAGAAGAAAACGAAUAAUUUCGAUGCUUGUAGGGAUAUGAGUGGCCGGAGGCUGAGGCACGUCAACGCGGAGAAGAAGCUGGAAGAGUGGAGGGCAGAGGCGGAGGAGAGGAAGUUGGAGAAGAUGGCCGAGGAGUAUAUCAAAAAGAAGGCAAAGGAGGUGGUGAAGAAGGGGAAGAGCAAUGGGGGUGAUAGUGCUGAGAAGUAUGUGGCUAAGUAUAGGGAGGAUUCAGCCAAGUGUAUGGAGGAGGUGGAGAGGUCAGUCAGGGAGUCAAUUAAGGGGUUGGUGAGCUCGAAGAGGAAGAGUAGCGCGGUGGGAGGUGAAUCUGAUUCCAAGCGCUUGAAGAUAUGGAUGGGAAAGAGAAAAUUUGGUGAUAGUGACAGUGAGGAUGAUAGUGAUGAAGAUGAAGAAGGGGCGGACAAUAAAUCUGUUAUUAUAGAUAGUGGGAGUCAUUCAGAUUCAAGCAAAGAAGCAGAAGGAAGUUCAAGUUCAUUUACUGGUGGAAAACAUGAUGAUGGACAUCUUGAUCAAGGUUCCUCUGGGAGUGGCUCUGAGGAAGAAGGCAAUGUUAGUGAAGAAUCUUUUAGACCAGGUAGAGGUCCGGAUGUAUGUGGUGAUGAUGGCACAAGGAAAAGAAAUAAUAAUGCUUUAGAGAGUCUUGCGGAAAAUAUGGAGCAUCAUGGAGUUGAUGUAAAUGUGCCUGGUACAUCUCACUCUUCCAAUGUAGAAAAAAUAACCCAGGUACCUGGUGUCUCUUGUUUAAAGGAAGUAGUUCCUUCUGCUGCAGAAGUGCCAGAGCCAGUUCAGGAAGAAUCAUUGUCUGCGAGUGCAGUAGUUCAAGACUCAGACAAGCCCCUCAACUUUGAUGAAUAUCAUUCAGCAGGGGAAUUAGAGGCUCUUGGCAUGGAGCGAUUAAAAUCAGAACUUCAAGUCCGGGGUUUGAAAUGUGGGGGUACCCUGCAAGAACGUGCAGCCAGGCUCUUCCUGCUCAAGACCACACCAUUGGAAAUGCUUCCAAAGAAGCUGUUUGCCAAGAAAUGAAAUAUCUUGUGUGCCUCAACUGACUUGGUUCAUCAUUUUGCUCUAGUUCAACCAUAUGUGAUAUAGGCUGAAGGUUUAUGUCAGAUGCUAUAGAAGUCUGUAAAUCAUUGUGCUCUUCUUCUUGUUAUAGAGACUGUAUUUCUUCA